CUGGCUUCCGUCGGGAUAACGACUGCGGCGGCUCCCUCGGGCGGUGGGCGAUGGGCCUCGGGCGCUCAGGCCGGCGCUAGCGAGGCGGCCGGCGCACGCCAAGAAACCUACUUGUGAUGAGUCAGCAAAAUGACUCUGCCUGACUUUGGGAACAUUAGCCUGUGAUGAGACCUCUUGUGCUGACGCCCGGCUAGACGGAAGGAACUACUGUUCAUCCGUUCUGAAAGUGGAAAAGUAAAGGUUAUUCAUCAUGCCUGCUGUGGCUUCCGUUCCUAAAGAACUCUACCUCAGUUCUUCACUAAAAGACCUCAAUAAGAAGACAGAAGUUAAGCCAGAGAAAAUAAGCACUAAGAGUUAUGUGCACAGUGCUCUGAAGAUCUUCAAGACAGCAGAAGAAUGCAGAUUAGAUCGUGACGAGGAAAGGGCCUAUGUGCUAUAUAUGAAAUACGUGACUGUUUAUAACCUUAUCAAAAAAAGACCUGAUUUCAAGCAACAGCAGGACUACUUUCACUCAGUGCUUGGACCUGCAAACAUCAAAAAAGCUAUCGAAGAAGCUGAAAGACUCUCUGAAAGCCUUAAACUGAGAUACGAAGAAGCUGAAGUUCGGAAAAAGCUCGAGGAGAAGGACCGACAGGAGGAAGAGCAGCUGCAGCAGCAGAAGCGGCAGGAAGCGGGAAGAGAGGAGGGCAGCGCGACGACUAAAGGUUCUUUGGAAAAUGUACUGGAUUCCCAGAACAAACCCCAAAGGAUCAAUGGUGAAAAGAGUGAAAAGAAAGAAAUUGCGGAGAAAGGAGCAAUCACAGCAAAGGAACUAUACACAAUGAUGACGGAUAAAAACAUCAGCUUGAUGAUAAUGGAUGCGCGAAGAAUGCAGGAUUACCGGGAUUCCUGUAUUGUGGAUUCUCUCUGUGUUCCUGAAGAAGCCAUCAGUCCAGGAGUCACUGCUAGCUGGAUUGAAGCAAACCUCCCAGAGGACUCUAAGGACACAUGGAAGAAGAGGGGGCAUGUGGAUUAUGUGGUGCUUCUUGACUGGUUUAGUUCUGCAAAAGACUUACAGCUUGGAACAACCCUUCGGAGUCUGAAAGAUGCACUUUUCAAGUGGGAAAGUAAAACUGUCCUGCGCAGUGAGCCCUUGAUUUUAGAGGGAGGCUAUGAAAACUGGCUCCUUUGCUAUCCCCAGUAUACAACAAAUGCUAAAGUCACUCCACCCCCACGAGGCAAGAAUGAAGAGGUGUCUAUCUCAUUGGAUUUCACUUAUCCCUCACUGGAGGAAUCAGUUCCUUCCAAGCCUCCUGCUCAGAUGCCGCCUCCUUCUCUACAAGUAGAUGAAAAUUCAGAAUUGACAAAUGAUCAAGGAGAACUGAAUGUGUCGAUGCCCCCUGAACCAGUUGCUGCUUCCAAAGCUGAAGUUUCACCUGCAAUUCAGCCAGUGCCUAUUAUAAAGAAUAUUCCGCAGAUUGAUCGUACUAAAAAACCACCCGUCAGAUUGCCUGAAGAUCAUAGAGUAAAAUUGGAGAGUACAGACCACGAGCAGCAGCCUGCUCAGAAUGCAAAAGCCGUCCCCGACCGCUCCACCAAGCCAGCGUUUCCCUCUGCGGCUGCCGUGUUAACAGAUGAAGAAAAAGCACAGAUUCAUGCAGAAGCCGCCCUGCUCAUGGAGAAAAGCAAGCAAGAAAAAGAACUUCGGGAAAGGCAGCAGGAGGAGCAGAAGGAGAAGCUGAGGAGGGAAGAACAAGAACAAAAAGCCAGAAAAAAACAAGAAGCUGAAGAAAAUGAAAUCCCAGAAAAUCAACAGAAAGCAAAAGAAGAAAUGGAGAAGAGAGAAAGUGAACAAGCCAAGAAGGAAGAUAAAGAAACCUCAGCAAAGAGAGGCAAAGAAACAACCGGAUUAAAAAGACAGAGUAAAAGUGAACAUGAAACUUCUGACGCCAAGAAGUCUGUGGACGACAGGGGGAAGAGGUGUCCAACUCCAGAAGUGCAGAGAAAGCCCGUGGGCGACGUCCCUGCUCCUGUGCCGGGAGACGCCAGCGCAGGCAAGGCUCAGCGGGAGCCUUUGACGAGAGCACGGAGUGAAGAAAUGGGGAGGAUCGUCCCGGGCCUGCCUUCUGGCUGGGCCAAGUUUCUGGACCCGAUCACUGGAACCUUCCGUUAUUACCACUCACCCACCAACACUGUCCAUAUGUACCCACCAGAAAUGGCUCCUUCCUCUGCUCCUCCUUCCACGCCCCCGACUCACAAAGCCAAGCCCCAGGUUCCUGCCGAGAGGGACAGGGAGCCGUCCAAACUGAAGCGCUCCUACUCCUCCCCAGACAUCGCCCAGGCCGUGCAAGAGGAGGAGAGGAGGAGGCCCACAAUGACACCAGCUGUGAAUCGGGAGAACAAGCCGACGUGCUACCCCAAAGCCGAGAUCUCAAGGCUGUCCGCCUCUCAGAUUCGCAACCUCAAUCCUGUCUUUGGAGGCUCUGGACCAGCCCUCACCGGACUCCGGAACCUAGGAAAUACGUGCUACAUGAACUCGAUCCUGCAGUGCCUGUGCAAUGCCCCACAUCUGGCUGACUAUUUCAACCGGAACUGUUAUCAGGAUGAUAUUAACAGGUCAAAUUUGUUGGGGCAUAAAGGAGAAGUGGCAGAGGAGUUUGGCAUAAUCAUGAAAGCACUAUGGACAGGACAGUAUAGGUACAUCAGCCCCAAAGACUUUAAAAUCACCAUCGGGAAGAUCAAUGACCAGUUCGCAGGAUACAGCCAGCAAGAUUCACAGGAACUGCUUCUCUUCCUCAUGGACGGUCUCCAUGAAGACCUAAAUAAAGCUGAUAACCGGAAGAGACAUAAAGAAGAAAACAAUGAUCAUCUUGAUGACUUCAAAGCUGCAGAACAUGCUUGGCAGAAACAUAAGCAGCUCAACGAAUCUAUCAUCGUGGCACUUUUUCAGGGUCAGUUCAAAUCUACAGUGCAGUGCCUCACCUGUCACAAAAAAUCCAGGACGUUUGAGGCCUUCAUGUAUUUGUCCCUGCCACUGGCGUCCACAAGUAAAUGCACGUUGCAGGAUUGCCUUAGAUUAUUUUCCAAAGAAGAAAAACUCACAGAUAACAACAGAUUUUACUGUAGUCACUGCAGAGCUCGGCGGGAUUCUCUCAAAAAGAUAGAAAUCUGGAAGUUGCCACCUGUGCUUUUAGUGCAUCUGAAACGUUUUUCCUACGAUGGCAGGUGGAAGCAGAAAUUGCAAACAUCUGUGGACUUCCCACUAGAAAAUCUCGACUUGUCACAGUACGUUAUUGGCCCAAAGAACAACUUGAAGAAAUACAACUUGUUUUCUGUUUCAAAUCACUACGGCGGGCUGGACGGAGGCCACUAUACCGCUUACUGUAAAAACGCAGCAAGACAGCGGUGGUUUAAGUUUGACGAUCAUGAAGUUUCUGAUAUCUCUGUUUCUUCUGUGAAGUCAUCAGCAGCAUAUAUUCUCUUUUAUACUUCACUGGGACCACGAGCCGCUGAUGUAGCCACAUAAGAUUAGGUGCCGAGUGAGUUAGGUUCUCAAAGGCUAAGCAGCACAACUCCUGAAAUGCUUACGAAAUAAUAGGUAGCUAAGCCGGCUGUGUAGAGGACGCUGGGCCCAGGGGGCUGUGUUCCUGGCACUCUGUCAUUCAGGCCGGGGCUCUUACCAGAACUGACAAGCAGCGUUAGCAAGUAUCGCACUAAGCGUCCCUUACCAGUUAUUUCAAAACUUUUUUAGUCUGCACCAAAGUUAAAAUAACUAACUGGCAAAGCAUUAUUAUACUACUGGUUGAAGAACCACUGUAACCUUCAUUUUCCUUUCCACUGUUACGGCCUUUUCACGUUUCUAACCCUAGCUGUCUGCUAAGAUACUCUAGAACGAUGGGAAACAGGUAGGAAUGUACGUGUACAUAUUUAUUGCACACUUGCACUCAGAUUGAUGUACAUAGUUUAACGUGUUCUUCUUGUGAAGGCUUGAGCUCGGAAGACUGCGUUUUAGUUUGUUUUUUUGUUGCUGUUUUUUGGGGGGGCCUAUCCUGAGUAGCUGCAGUGCUUUCUUAGGGAAUCAGCAGGGCAAAGCUAUUUUUCUGUUGGCUUUGGGCUGUAUUUGUGCACUAAAUCUUUAUUCUAAAAAAUAAACAGAAACUUUCUUUAAUUUUUUAAAAACGAAAAUCUCAUUACUACAUUAAAAUACUAAUGAGAAAAGUAA